CUUUAAUGGUCAGCAGCGAAUGUAAAAUCUUAGAUUUCAAACUUUAAGUUUCCCGGAAGCCGGAGUCAAUUUGCAAUUAGAUCUUAUCCGAAAGCAAACGGACACCCAGGACACAGGGAUUUGAACGAGGUCCCGCAUAAAAAACUAAACACGCAGCAAUCAAUCGAUUAAAAAAGGGCAAAGGAGGAAAAGUUUUGAGUCAACGAUGGGAGAUGGGAGAUGGGCGAUGGGCGACGGGCGACGGGCGAUGGCACAGACCAGACCAGACGGAGGUGAAUGUGGACGAUGGGCCACCUAUGGUGUCCAGGUCGAGGUCCUGCCGGAAGGACACCCCGCAGCCAGCUCAAGGAAGUCGCCUGGCUGGCUUUUGUCUAAUGCGGCGCUUAUCUUGAUAUUAUUUGGCCAUAAAAAAGGACACGGACACAUGUUCAAGAAGGAGCGUGGAAGACACUGGAAGAAAUAUUCCACAACUUCUGAAUGGAAAGUGCAUAGGGAGGUAAAUUUAUUUUUUGAUAAACAUUUUUAUUCUUUGACUCCGUUUUGUAUACUUAUUCAAUAUAUCCGUGCAGCGCUCUUUUGACUCACUGAUUGAAUGCAAAAUAUACCAGAAUCGUAAAAAAACCGAGACAUUUUUCGUCUGAAACCGAAUCCUCCAGCCAAGUUAUUGUCCUUCGAAGGGUAAGGAAAAUCGCAACAUUUCACAUGUCACAACGAGGGCGAUUUCCUACCCAUAAUAAAAUGGACCAUGGCGAAUUCUGCGGGUUCCGUUGAUUUGCUCGCCCGAAAAAAAAAUAACCCAGCCACGCGCGUUUCAAAUCCCUUUAGUUACACUGUUUCAAAAUUAAAUAUUUACAUUUUGUAUGCGGAGGCGGAUGCGGCGGGCAUGAGGCCUGAAUCUCGCUUCACAUGUGGGUAUUUCGGCCCGAAUGGUGGCAUCCAGACAAUGGAUACUGGAUACUGGCCAUCUAAUCGGCGGUGGUGGCUGACGGUGCUCCGUCACUUGUCGUGGUCAGAGUCAGAGACGCAGUUUGUCAGGGGACUGAAAGCUGCUGAACCCCAUUGAGCGACGCCACUGCCUGGCACAUAUGAGCUCAGAUCUUCAAUCCCCCCGUUGGCCGGAUGGGGUGGUGGCCACCAUGCAGUUUCCGACGCGCGUUUAUUUAGUAAUUUGUUUGUCUCCCGACUUAGUCACGGUUUAUGGUUGACAUUUAUUUUAUGAGCGUGAAAAAUAUAUCACUCGCCAGUGGCAGCCAGCCACCAUGGAAUUCCAGGCGGGGUUGCAGGCAGGUGGGUGCACCACCCACUCCACCACAACGCCACAACACCACCCACAUUCACCACUUAAGCCAAUUUUGAUAGCGGCUUAUUGAUGGCCGAGCGAAUGGCGAUUUGUGCGUUAGUCUCGCUCGAGCUCGCCGAUUGAAUCAGUGCGGAAAUGGGACGAGGACGAGAUCGAUGGGCAGUUCGUGGUCUGCAAUCUGUGCCCUUGUGCCCCUGUGCGACUCAGGCUAGCUGCUUCUAGCACUUGAUAUAUUGAAACGCCGGAUCGACAAGGCUUCAGAUGUGAGGAAAUGUCGACUGGCACUUCCUUUAGCGAGUAUUGUUAACCGCUGCUAUGCCCAUCAAUUAUGCCGGUAGGUUCCUUACAAACCUAUUGGCCUAUAAACUAAUCGCAUAAUUGCACAAAAGUAAUUAUCCUUGGGCUGAGCCCCGGCUAGCUCAUUGUGCAGCAACUAUGCGGCACAUUCUAUAUAUCCUAUCCUGCAUCCUUAGGCCCUAGUGCUUAGCCCUCAUACCCUGGCGCUCUGAUUUUUCCACCUUGCUGGCCAACUAUGCAGCUCAUCCGCUCCGCUGAACGCCGCCAGAAGGAAGUGCCGUACAGGCCGUACAGGACCAAAAUCGCAGGACGCAGACUGCGGUAUGCAGGACUCGGAUCGCUGCAAACCAGUUGAAAAAACACAACGGGCCGAAGAACACAAACACAAGGACAGCUCUUUGUUUGCAGAAAGCGAAAGAGAGGUGAAAUUAAAAUCAAGCUGUUGAUAGCAAUCACACGCUUCUUGGCUGCCCGAAAUGAAUAAGUGCUAUCCUUGUAUUGAGUAUACUAAGGCUCUCAGUAAGCUGACAUCUUGUUGAUUUCCUAAGGAGACCACAAUUUGGCGCACCGGCACUUCUCUCAGUGGACAUGUCCUGGCUGCCGUCUUUGCAACUCCGAUGGCGAUGCCGAGAGACAGGGAUGCAUGCAUCACUAGCCGUCACAUGACCAACUGCCUUGGCUUCCUGCUCUCGACCAAUCUGCGACUGUCAUCCAUCAUUCCAUUUACUGGAUGCUUGCCAUUUCUUUGGCUCCCGAAUCUCGGCCUCUUCAUCUGCAUCUCCUGAAACAAGGCGAAGUAGGGUAAAGUGAUGUAGUUAGGGUUGACAUCCUCAAGUGGCCCAGUGGCAUUGUUCGCCAAUUUGCGUUUGUCGAGCGUGCAGUAAUUAAGUUGAAGUUGCACAGUAGAUCCCCGAUAAGCAUGGGGAUCAGGAUACGGCCACGGUGGUUAGGGAUAAUCCGCAAGGAUCGAAAGAAUAUGGCCCCCGAUCUUUUGUGCCUCUUCUGAACAUCAAUCGGGGCAAUUGGAUUGACAUUAUCGUAUCGCAGGAUGAGGAUCUGGUGCGAAGUAAUUGUGACCCACGGUAAUUGAUUCGUAAUAUAACUCCUGAGUUAUUACAGAAUGAUCCUUUGAUAAUAAUUUGAAAACGAUCACAAGUAACAGUGCCACAGCACUGAAAUAGAUAUUCGAAGUCAUGAAGAUAAUCGUUGCCUUCUGCCUUUGAGCUACUCCUUAACUCUUUUUAAUGAAGCACGGCCAUUAGUGUUCGAUAUUUGCUCCACAAAACGGUAAAGAUCAGCAAUGAAGAUCAUUCUAUUCUUCCCCUCUUUUUCUCUAACUCUCUGCCUUUGUGGCCAAUUAGCUGCUGCCACAAAAUGAAAUCAUUUCUCACAGCUAUUGCUGGCUGGGCCAAAGUAAUUAAUUGGGGAGAAUUAUUUACCCCCUCCUCUGCCGCUCUUCCCUCGGCUGACUGAUUCUCCAAACGGACAGCCAAUCGAAGCGAGAGUCGCUAUCUGUAAGAGUGCAAGAAGGGUGGAGAAGACUGGGGAAUCGGCGAAAGACUGGGCCCGAAGACACUGCUCUUGAGGACUAAAUGCGACUGCAACCGAGAGAAUCGCAUACUUUCCAAGGCAAUUAUCGAAUGCCAGCGUGUGAGCCUCGACUCCCGAUUCUCCGGCUGCCCCGAAAGCCCCGAUUGUGGCGCACCUCCCGAUUCUGCAGUCUUCGUAGAUUCUACCACUUGAGAGUCGCCAGGGCGUCGCCGGUUGGGAGAAGCGGGACUUUCGGCCGUCUGCAGUUUCAGUUUCCCUGACGCCAACAACGCCUCAUCGUGUUUGUUUGGCCGCCAGAGCCGUCACAGCCGCCACCGCAGCGACGCCAGCACCACCACUAGCACCAACAGCCCCAACAGCAGCACCACCACCAGCACCACUACCAGCACACCACAUUGCCUGCCGCUUUGAGCAACAGUGAUGAUCACUUAGCUUUCGGUUUCAGAUCUUAAACCAUUAUUGGGAAAUAUAUUACAGAUUCACAAAGGAAAAUCAGGCGAAGAAAAUAGUUUGACAGAACGACUAGUAGGAGGAAUAUAGCUCACACUAAUUUAAGAACAUUGUAACUGAAGAUAUGUGUUUUACAAUAUUUGUUACUGAGGUAUCAUAAAAAAUUAAGCAUAUGAUUUCUUUGAAGAAAAUUUAAUCGUAUAAACUUUUGGAAUAUUUAUUGAAUAUUUUCCAUGCAGCUUUCAGGUCGAACCAUGUCAUCGCUGGCUGGCUAAACGGCUCUACGCAACUGCAACUCUUUCGUUGCCCCAAAUUGGCCUUGAGGCAAUGAUUGGCUGUCGCUGCUGCCCAGAUGCCGGCACUGCCCUCCUCCCCCAGUGGACCACCCCCUCGACCGCUCCAACAUCGUCCCGAUCCCCCGAUCCUCCCUUGUUGCGUUUCUUUCGCACUGAUCUCAGCUGUCGUCGCUUGUUAGUGCGCACGCGUGUCUUUCUCCCUCUAAGAAGCAGACAGCGCGUGUGUUCCCCUCUCCCUCGCACUUAACGUCCGCCCAGUCACGUCCUCUUACUCACUCCGCCAGCUCUCCCGCUCGCACCCAUCACGAUCGUGAGGCGUUGAUGGCGAUGGCGCUGAAGCUGGCGCGCAUGUGCAACGCAACCACAAAAUCGCAAUUGCCGGGACCCGGGACCUAAAACCAAAAUGAAAAAAGAACGGAAAAAAAAGGAGAAGAAACGAGCAACCAAAAGCUUGAGUUGGCACAACGUUGUAAGACAUAGUUUGUUGCCAAAGCCCCCGCCCCCGCCACGCCGCUGUGCCCCCGCGCUUGUGUGUGCGGGACCUCCCGCAGAUAAUUGCCCAUCAUCUCAUCAAGUUCCGCCCAGCUAUUUAACAACCGAGGAGCAGGAGCUGGAGGAGGAGGUUCGGGGGCCCCGAGAGCAAUGAAACCCACAAAACAAGACACCAAAAUGAUGAACGCGACCACGCAAAGUAGAAGUAGAUGCCCGAUCUGGGAGUCGAGGACGGAGUCUGGCUCCAGACCAUACAAUCCCGAGGGCGGAACCGUGAGUUGUGCCGCAGUCAAACUCAGAAAUGUGCUCAUCAUUUCAUUACGUUAAAUAUCCCUUGUCCCCUAAUAAAUACAACACAUUUUUAUUUAAGAAUUUUUAUUUCAGUUCACUAAGUUCAGUAAUUGAUGUCGAGUAUACUUGGCUUAUUUACACAUCUUAUACGUCUAUUUAAUAAAUAGCUAAUCAUACUCGUAUUACGUCGCACACCAUAGAUAUAUGUUAAAGGUUCAGGAACUUCUCGAGCGCCCUUGGGCUGGCGCCACCAACAUUGGGCAGCAGCUUGGGGCGGCGGCUGCAGAUCGGCUCCAAAUCGCAGCAGUCCAGGUUGCAGCUCCACUCCAACCACAGGCAUCAAUAGCACCACCGACGACGAAAAAGCAGGAGAAGUCCAAGAAGAUCCAAGCAUGUUAAUCGAGUCAUAUCGAUUUUGGCGUGGUUCGUGUCUCGGACGUUUUGCCCAACCGCCAUCCUUCGCCUUACAAAAAGGAGGAGGGGCCGAUCCCAUCAGUGGACUCGUAGCUAAAUUGAAUCCAAUUGCAGACGAGUCGGGCCAAAUAACUGUGAGACGUAAUGAAUGAGUGUUGGCCAAAUUGCAACUUGGCUUGCCAGCCGGCCAGUUAAGGGUUAAUGGAUGGGCACCGAUGGGAGUUUGGAGAGUUCAGGGGGUGGUGCUCUGCAUUUUCCAGUUUAUGUCCCAGUCACUAAUAUCUCAAUUGGCCAGCGAAGGGUUCGAUUAACUGCACCAUUGGGCCACCCACCUGGGGCAUCUGCACCUGUCCACGCCGUUUCUGUUUUUCCUGAUCCUCCUUUUCCUGUUCCCGUAGUAGAGA